AUGUCACUAAUACCACCAUUCAGCGCGGGAACCGCACAGGCAAAAGUCAAGAAGGCCCAGGAUCUUUGGAACACCAAGGAUCCACAGAACGUAGCUAAAGCCUACACCGAAGACAGCAUCUGGCGCAACCGCUCCACAUUCCUCAAGGGCCAUGACGAAAUCACAUCCUUCCUGACCACCAAGUGGGACAGGGAGCAGAACUACCGUCUCCGUAAGGAGCUCUUCGCUUUCCAAGACCACAAGAUCGCGGUUCAGUUCUGGUACGAGUACCAGGACAAAGAGGACGGGAUGAAGUGGAAGCGGUGUUAUGGCCUAGAGGAUUGGACGUUUGCGGAGGAUGGUAGGAUGAGGAAACGGAUGAUGAGCGGGAACGAUAUUGAGAUUGGAGAAGAGGAGAGGUGGUUCAAGGAAGGUGUCGACGUCGAGGAGGUUGAUAUUGGGGAGGAGCACUGGUGA